CUUUCUACUCUUUAUCUUCUGAUAACAAAAAAAUCGAAAAUGGUAGCUGGUAAAGUAGCCUUUGUAACAGGUGCUGGAAGCGGAAUAGGUAAAGAAGUAUGUCGCAUUUUAGCAAGACAAGGAGCCAAUGUUGUUGCUAGUGAUCGUAAUGCAAAAAGUGCCGAAGAAAUCAUUGAAUCUUUACAUGAUUUGAAACAUCUGGCAUUAAAUCUAGAUGUCACAAAUGAACAGAGUGUUAAAGAAGCAUUUAAAAAUGUAAUAAGCAAAUAUUCAACUCCUCCUACUAUUAUAAUCAAUUCUGCAGGGAUUACACGAGAUCAAUUCAUCUUAAAACUUACUAAAAAUAACUUUGAACAAGUACUGGAUGUAAAUCUAAAAGGAACAUUUUUUGUAAUGCAAACAGCAGUAAAAGAAAUGAUUGAUGCUGAUGUGAGUAAAUGUGGUUCAAUUGUUAAUUUAAGUUCUAUCAUUGGCAAAGUGGGAAACAUGGGUCAAGCUAAUUAUGCUGCUUCAAAAGCUGGUGUGAUAGCUCUUACAAAGACUGCUUCUUUAGAAUUUGGACCAUUUGGUAUUCGUGUUAACACAGUACUACCAGGCUUUAUAGAAACUCCUAUGACAGACAGUGUACCUGAUAACGUAAAGCAGAUGUUUAUAAAGAAAAUACCCCUUCAUAGAAUGGGUAAACCAGAAGAAGUAGCAGAAGUUAUUACAUUUUUAGCAUCUAGCAAAAGCUCUUAUGUUAAUGGAACAUCAAUUGAAGUCACAGGAGGAAUGCAUUGA